GCUGACUGUACACUUACCAAGAGACAUGGGUUUACUAGUAGUAGCUACUCAACAAAGCCAGGGAAGAGGUCGGGGAAGGAAUGCCUGGCUCAGCCCUCUGGGUUGUGCCAUGUUCACUCUGAAUGUCCAGAUUGAGCUGAACUCCAAGCUCGGACAGAGGAUUCCCUUCCUGCAGCACCUGGUUGCUCUUGCUGUAGUGGAGGCUGUUUGCUCACUUCCUGGAUAUCAGGACAUAGAUCUGAGGGUGAAGUGGCCCAAUGACAUCUACUACGGUAACCUGAUGAAGCUCGGAGGAGUGCUGGUGACUUCCACAGUACUGGGAUCAACUUUUCAUCUGCUCAUAGGCUGUGGGGUUAAUGUGACAAACAGCAACCCAACAGUGUGCAUCAAUGACCUGAUCCAGUCGUACAACUUACAGCACAACUGCAGCCUGCAGCCGCUCAGCUGUGCCCAGCUCAUCGCGAGAACUGUCAACUGCCUGGAGGCCCUUAUUGACAACUUCCAGCAAGGAGGCCCAGAGUCUGUCCUGCCCACGUACUACAAGAGAUGGCUCCACAGUGGAACUUGGGUGCGUCUCUGGAGUGAGGACGGCCCAGAGGUUCAGGUGAUGGGUCUGGACCACAACGGUUUCCUCCAGGUGCACAGCAAGGAGCAGGGUGUGGUCUCAGUGGAGCCGGAUGGAAACUCAUUUGAUAUGCUGAAGAAUCUGGUGGUCAUCAAAACACAUUAGGACCAAAUUCAUAAAGCACAGACUCAUCGUGUGUGUGUGUGUGUGUGUGUGUGUGUGUGUGUGUGUGUGUGUGUGUGUGUGUGUG